AUGACUGAUACAUUCCUUGAAACGACAUGGGCAAGCAUAGAACCUUCAAUGAAUAUCAUUUUAGGUGAUGAGAAAAAUUCAUCAUUAGAUGCAAUAAUGUAUACAAACACUUAUACAAAUGUCUACAAUUAUUGUACCGCUUCUUCAAAGAGGUCACAUAUCAACGCACAGACCAACUCUUCAAGUGUGAGAUUAGUUGGAAGUGAAUUGUAUGAGAAAGUAAAAGAAUUCUUAAAGACCUAUUUGGAGAAUGCCAAACAACGGGACAAUGAAACUUUUCUACAAUAUUAUAUACGAUUUUGGCAGAGAUAUCUGGUUGGAUCAAAGAGACUAAAUGAUGUCAUGGACUACUUGAAUAGAUAUUGGGUUACUAAAGAGAGAUCCAGUGGACAUCGUGACGUUUAUGAUAUUUUCAGCUUGUGUUUAUUAUCUUGGAGGGAUUACAAAUUUUAUCCUAACUUAACCACAUUGAUGGAUCAGAUUAUGGAACAGAUCAAAUUCAAGAGAAUAGGCGUGGCCACUAAUGUCAUGGAUCUGGACGUGGCCAUUCAGUCGUUUAUAUUAUUGGGAUUUGAUGCUAAUGAUUUAAAGAAACAAAAUUUGUCUGUUUAUAUCAAUGAUUUCGAAAAAAGGUUUUUGCUGGAAACUCAAAGUUUCUAUGCUGAAGAAUCAGCGCAAUAUAUUCAAGAAAAUGGUGCUAUUAACUAUAUUCAUAAGGCGUCACAAAGAAUUGAUGAGGAACUCAAAUAUCUAGAAAACUUGAAUGACCAUACCAGAAAACCUUUAAAUACAGUGUUAAACAAUGUUCUGAUCCAAGCACACCAAGAGAGAAUAAGAAAUGAAUUGCCAAGCUUACUUGAUCAGCAACGCUAUGACGAUAUUAAGAAAAUCAACUCAUUACUAAAGAGAGUUCCCCUAACCAUUCCUCCAUUGUUGGAAAUCUUUCAAAACUAUAUUGAGGAACAAGGUAAACAAGAAAUUAUUCACUUUAAAGAACGCUCGCAUCUGGAAUACGAAAAACUAAAUGAAAUCUAUCAAAAGAACCUGCAAGAAUUCAGUAAUGAUCCAAAAGCAAGAUCUAAGUUGAAAAAACCGGUGGAUUCUAUCGAUGCAAAUAGAUAUGUCAAGGUUUUGAUUAAAGUCUAUGAAACAUACAAAGAAGUUGUUGAAACAUCUUUUGAGAAUAACCCUGUAUUUGUUAAGGCGCUUGAAACAGCUUGUCAGAAAUUUAUCAAUUAUAAUAUCAUUGCCACUCCUGAGAUGAGAUCCAAAUCUAAAACAGCUGAAAUUCUAGCAAAAUAUUGUGACGAUUUCUUGAAAAAUAAACAUGAUGAUAUGAGCAUUGAUGAGUUUAUUGUGAUUUUCAAGUUUCUAGAAGAUAAGGAAAGUUUUGAAACUUGGUAUAGAAGACUGCUAUCAAAGAGACUACUAUUUACAACGCUCACCCCAGAAAAUGAGCAGAACGAAGAAUUAAUUGUUCAGAAAUUGAAGGUGGUGAACACUGUUGAAUAUACAAUUAAGAUCACAAAUAUGUUUAACGAUAUUAGAUCGUCCAAGAACUUGGGUCAUGCUUAUAAAGAUUUUGUCACAUCUGGUGAUGAGGAGAUCCCAAAAAAGAUAGUUACAGAAUUAGAUCCAAAGAUUUUGGAUUCUGAAUCAUGGGGCUCACUUUUCAGGAAUGGCAAUGAAUCUUUUAUUUUACCAGAGGAGCUGAUUCAAACAGAGGAGCUUUUCACCAAGCUUUACAAAGAUAAGUAUAAUGGUAGAAAAUUGAACUGGUUAUGGAACAGAGCAAAGGUUGAAGUCAAAGCAAAUAUCUCUAAGCCUGGCAGGCCCCCAUACCAAUUCAUUGUUACAUUGUUUCAGUAUUUAAUUUUGUCUUGUUACCAGGAUGAUGACGAACUCAGUGUGACCACGUUACUAGAAAGGACGGGCCUGUCACCGGAUGUGUUCAAGGCCAAUAUGAUUCCAUUCAUAAAGAACAAAUUAAUUAUUCAGAGCCCACCAGGUGAGAAAAGUAUCCUAUCGCCGGGUACCACCUUUAGAAUUGUAACGGAGUUCACAUCGAAAAAAUUGAAGAUUAAUUUUGCGACGGUCAAGUUGGCAGAUACCCGGUCUGAAGAAAGAGAAACAAAUGAGGAAAUCGCAAGCCAUAAGCAUGAGUUGUUGAAAGCGGGUAUUGUCAGAAUAAUGAAGGCGAGAAAGACACUCAAACAUGAAUCUUUAGUCAGUGAAGUUUAUCAGAUUAUCGAUAGAUUCAAGCCGACCGUUAGUGAAAUCAAAAAGGCCAUCGAAGUGUUGAUUGAGGAGCAGUACCUUGCAAGAGACGAUGAUAGAAAUGGGUACCAUUAUCUUUCUUGA